AUGUUCCCGGGAGGAGGAUGUAAUGUUGUCAGCGCUGUUAAUGGCGCGCCCGCUAUCAGUGUUUUCCCAGCUAAGGUGGGUUACUUUGGUUAUUAUUUUGCUCUUGGGUCCGUUAUCGCCUUUUACGGUGUCAUUUUCACAUCGAAAGGUAUGAGCCCAAGCCACAUUGGACUGCUGCUGUCGUUCACACCUCUAGCAAAUACCGUGCUUUUCCCUACCGUCACGUACAUAGCCGAUCGUUUUCAGUGUUCGAGUCACAUUCUUGUAAUGUGUUGCAUCGCAAGCUCAUUUUUCACUGCUGUCUUUUUGCUGAGCAACACAACCGUGGCAGCGCUCAUCUCGUUUCACUUACUUGUGGUGACCCGAUCCCCUAUUAGCCCACUUCUGGAUCAGCAUACACUUUCCAUAUUCCCUAAGGAGGGGAGAGUAAAGGAUUGGGGGGCAUUACGUUCCUUCGGAGCUCUUGGUUGGGGUGUUGGAAGUGCCGUAUCUGCAACUACGGUUGAUUUAACGUCCACAUGGGCUUUGGCGUCUUUUUUGUUUGCGGCCGGCCAAGUGGGCGUGCUCUACUGUGUUUUAAGGUCGAAGCCAUAUGAAGUGGUGGAGAGGACCCCGAUGCAAUUUCAUGAGGUGUUUCUUUUCGUACUUCAUCAUAGGCGUUUACUAUUGUUCCUCACUGCCUCAUGUUUUAUGGGCGCCGGGUUUGCACUCGUCAAUAACUUUCUGUUUGUUUUCUUGGAGACCCUCGGUGGGUCAAAGGUUCUGAUGGGGCUGUCGCUUGCCCUGACCGUCAGCACCGAAAUUCCCAUAUUUCAGAACGCUAAAUACUUUCAGGAACUCUUCACCGACCGUCAGAUGCUUUCGAUAUCUAUGGCCACGUGGAUGCUUCGUGUCGUUGGAUAUUCUCUGUUGCAGAAUCCGUGGUUGGUAUUACUGCUGGAACCACUUCACGGCAUCACGUUCGGUUUCACGUGGUUGCCGGGUGUGCAUAUUGUUAAUACCGUUUUCCCGCCGAACCUCUCCAACUCUGCAACGGGGUUUCUAUAUUUCUUUGUCAACGGCAUCGGACCGAUUACUGGCAGCGUUCUUGGGGGGGCCAUCUAUGAGUGGCUGGGACCUAGGGUUAUGUUCCGAGCCGCCGCGUUUGUUGUCUUUUGUGUGCUUGUCUUAUUCGUAUUUCUCGAUCGAUACCUUGAAAAAGAAGAAGCAGUUUCUGCUACCGCUGGCGACACUUUGGCUUGCACGACCGAUGCUGUUGUCGCAGGAGAAGUGCGGCUUUCUGGUGAAAGCGAGAGGUGCUAG